AUGCCUGUUGCUUCGCAAGGAAAGGUCGCUGGCACCGCGGCAAAGACUACGGCUGGAAAUAAUGCAGCUUCUAAGCCAAAAUCAGAUGCCACAGCAGCAAAAUCAUUAGGUCCGGUGAGCCCGAAGCAAGCGGCGGCGAAGGCCGCGCCCGCUAGCCCAGCUAAGAAAGCCGCUGGCAAUGGAGCUGCGCCCAGGCCAGCAGCUGACCCCCAACCCGCAAACGCUGCACCUCCCAGUUCUGCGGCCGCCAAGGCCGGCGCAGUCGCAAAGACCGCCGCAGCAAACGAAGCCGCCAAGGCACAACCAGGCAGAACCGCACAGGCCGGAGGAGGCAACGGAGGCGCUGUUGCUGCUCCCGCCACUGCCACGUCAGCAGCCAAGCAGGCUUCCGUCAUCCUCUCCACAGCCCAGCCCGUCGCGCCAGAGGCACCUGCUCUGACUGCGGACAUAGCAGUACCAGUAGCAGCAGCGCCCACAGCAGCAGUUGAACCUGCCGCAACCGGCGGCGCCGCCACUGCCACCGUGGUUGCCGUCAGCCCCGUUGCCAAGGCUGACGGCACCGGCGAUGGCGACAGCGGUGGCGGCGUAGUUGCCGCCGUUACUGGCUCCCAGACGCCUGAGGGUUCCGGGGGUCCUCAGCCACCUACGGGCGCCGCACCACCGCCUGCCGACACUGAGGCUGUGUGCGCGGGGGCGGGGGCCACCUCGCCGCCGCCGCUGCCACCCGCUGUGGGCCCAGCUGUCGCCACCGCCGAUACAGUAGCAGCGCCGCCGCCGAGGUCCGACGGUGCCGGAAAUGGACAUCCUGAGCCUCGUACGUCUUUAUCAGGUCAAAGCCCUGUCGUACUCGCAGCUGCCGCCGCCGGCGAAGUCAAUGGCGCAGGCGGCGUCUCUGCGCCAGCAGCCGCAUCCAGCACGAAUCCGGAAGUAUCCGUACGGACCCUGACCACCGCCUCCGUGGCUACGAACGCUCCCUCCCUCGCCGCCACCGCAUCUGUCCCGGGCGCAGCCGCCGCAUUAACAGAAGUGACGCCCGUAACCCAAAUCGCCCCAGCACCUGACGUGGACUGUAUUGCCGUCAAGCCCGCCCCACCCGCUCCAACCAUCAAAGGUCCACCCUCUUUGAAAGUCAUCUCCGCGCCCCCGUUGCGCUCCGCCUCGGGCGGCGGCAGCGGCGGCGACAGUGGAUCCGUACCCGCUGCUGCCGCCGCCGCUACCGACGCGGCCAAUGACUCUGACGGAAAGGUGCUUAGGGCCCCCCUAAGUACGACAGCCGAGGCGGCGCCGAAACCUCCUCCGCGUACCCGGACCGGGAGCGCCGCUUGGGUGGAGGAGCCGUCGGCGGAGGCGCCGCCGCGGCCGGCGGAGGGGGCGGCGUCCGCGCCGGUCCUCCGUUUCGACUCCAGCGCCUCGAGGAAAAGCAUCCGAGCGACGGAGGUGGAGGCGGAGGCGGAGGUUCCGCAGCCGACAGCGCCUCCGACGCCCCCGCCGCCGGCGCAACCGGCGCUGUCGUUAUCAACACACUCGCCGCCGCCGCCCUCCCUGCCGCGGGCGCUGUCUGAUCCUCCUGCUGGCAGCGUGGUGGUGACGCUGGAGGGCAACCCCGGGGGCCCGUGUCCGGUGGAGUUGGCCGUGUCCGCCCUCGUCCCUGGCGGCGUCGGGGAGGUGAUGGUGGCGGACCUGAUGACGGCGGCCAUGAAGGCUCUGAGGGCGAAGUACGGCACCGUACAAGCAGGUGCCGCUGUCAGCGCCUUUUUCGUGGAGUCCUUGCAUGAUCCCGGCUCCCGACCCGGGGAUCAGCGCCGGCUGCUGCUUCCCAUGUUCGACGCGGUGCCGCGGGAGCUGCUGGCGGCGGCGGCGAGGGGCGGCGGCGCCGCGAGUGUCGUACUGCAGGGUGUUACGUGCGGAGAAGCUGCCGCCGACAAAGCCGCAUCUGGUCGCCCGCCUGUCGCGCCGGCGGCGGUCCCCCCCGUCUUCCCGCUGCCCGGCUUCACGGAGCCCUCCGAGUCGGGUAGCGGCGCUCUGCCGCACACACGAGUCACAUUCCUAUCAGAGAACGGUAGCGGCCGCCCCAGCCCCAACCAGCCCGGCGGUACCGCCAACGCCGCCAACGCCGCUCUGCUGCCCAUGCGCAGCCUGCUGCGCGGCGCCAGCCGCGGCGGCGGCGGAGCCAGCGGCGGCGGAGGCGCCGGCGCCGGCGGCCGCAUCCUGGGCGCUGGCCAUCGGAGCGUACGGAUACGGCUGGAGGAAAACACCGUGGAGACGUUGUGUGUGGAGUCGGCGGCGCCCUCGGUCACGUCGGGGCACUCGCAAUUUCGAGGUGCCAAGUUGCCGCCGCUGCGCACCGACAGCGAUGCCAGCCGCGGCAGCGACGGCGACGGCGACGGCGAUGCCGCCGCCACGCCGACGGAGGAGCGAAGCACGGGUCCGAGCGCCUUCCGGGGUCGCUUGGGGACGACACGCAGCUCCCGGCGGCUACUGGUUCCAGCGUACGACAUUGCCGCCGAAUCGAUCGGGUCGUCCGACUUUGACCAAGUGCCACCGCCGCCGCUGCCGCCGCCGCCGCCCCCAGCGGCGGUGGUCAAGCAAGAUCCAGUGCAAAUCCUGAUGGCGACUGCAAGCGUGGGGGCAGACUUGGAGGCGAGAGACAGGGUAUCGAAUACGGGCAUGGAUGGCGUGGCCGGGGCAACGGGUUCUGUAGUCUCCGCUGUGGGAAAGAAAUCUUCGGCGUUGUUCGUACGGCCGGAUGCUGUCAGCCCGUCGAGUGGCGAAGAUCUGGAGGCGGCGUUCUUUUUGCCACCUGCAGCAGAUUGGACUCAGCUGAUGGGCCGGGGGGAAGUGGAGGAUGCUCCGGAACCGUCGGCAGGAGGUGGCGGCGGCUGCUUGCCUUGCUUCUCCUCCGGAAGCAAGUCGGUGGCUCAGCAACGGCAAUGGCGGCAGCGGCUGCGAGCGGCGCUGGAUGCACGGGACUUGGAAGAAGUGGCGGCGUGGGUCGGCUUCCAUGGCGGCCGCAACGGCACCCGGGAACAGGAGGAGCUGGAUGCGGCAAUGUGGCUGGCGGUGGAGGCACGAGCACCAGAUAUCGUACGAGUACUGCUCCGCGGCGGCGCACGUCCCGACGCGCCGCGACCCACGGUUCCGUCCGCUGGCGGCGCCUCCGCCGGCCGCGGCAGCGCUGGUAAUUCGGUGUCGACGGCGCGUCCCGCGUCCGCCAGUCGCGUGAAGGACUCGUCGGUGGCGGCGGCGGCCUCGAUGGCGACGGCGCCGCCGCCGUCGAUAGCUUGGUGGCCGGGGACGAUGGCGACGGCGACGGGAGCUCUGGAGGGCCUUACGCCGGUGAUGCGCGCGGCGGAGCUGGCGUCGCACGCUGUCGUGGAGGUGUUGCUCGCUGGCGGUGCAAACCCAAUGGCCGUACACCCGGCCAGCGGUUGGACAGCAGUGCAUCGUGCCGUACUGGCGACGCCCCCGUCGCAAUCGGCCUGGGCCAAUCGACGGCUGACGCCGACGGGUACGAUGGCGGCGACAGCGGCAGGCGCGGGGAGCAGCAACAGCAGCGGCAGCGCAGCGGCUGCGGCAGCAGCUGCCGCCGGCGGCGCUGCGGCGGAACCGGGGAGCGGCGACGGCGGCGGCAGUGCCGCCGCCGGGCUUCACUGCCUGCGCGUCUUGGUUCAGCACAUCGGGCUGCAGCGCGCUGCCGCCCUCACCACAGACGGUCGCUAUUGUGACGACCUGCUUCGCUUUUCCGUACGAUACGGUCGCUCUGCGGCGCUCAAGUGGCUCCUGUCCGCGGGCCUAUCGGCGGAGGCGGCAGCCGCCGGCGUCGACGACGACAACAACGGCGACGACGAGGCCUCGUGCGCCUUCCUUGCCGGCCUGUUGGGUCUCACGUUGGACGUGUGGGACAUGCCGCCUCCGCUGCGGCCGCCCUCCUCCGCCGGCCCGCUCCGAGACCCAGCCCGGCCGCUGUCUUGGCUGUACGGCCCGGAGGAACGGCUGUUUGCCGACCGGCGGCGGCAGCUGCUGAUGGGGGCGGCGGCGGGGGGCCGUGUGGAGGUGCUGGCAGCGCCAAACCUCCCCAUCCCUUUCUUCUCCUCUCCUCUCUUCUCUUCCCCCAACGGCAACUCGACGGCAAUGCGCACCCAUGAUCAGAUUUUGGACAAGCCGCCGCCGUUUGACCGGCUGAGUCGUGACGAGCUGGAGGCCGCCAGCGGGGCGUGCCGACUGGCCCAGCCCCGAAACCAGCGCCAGGUGGAGGAGCUGCUGACCCGCAAGGCCCACACGUACAUGUCCUGGGAGCGGGAGGUGGUUGCGGCCCUGCGGCGGUUCGACGAGGCGGUCGUUGGCGAUUGGCUGUUGAGGGACCGGCCUUCGCCUUUGGAGGUGGACCGCGCUCUGACGACAUUGCUAUGCUCGGAGCGGCUGGGUUCGCCGAUAUGGCAGGACAGCGCUACGGCAUCCGUACAGGCGCUGCUGGACGCCGGUGCCGACGUGGAGCAUGAAUGGGUCGUCGAUCCGGCGGCGGCGCCGCUGGUAGCGGCGGUGGCGGCGAAAGCAAAGGCAUCCACCCGGGACUUGGCGACGUUGCGGCCGUUGCAGGUGGCGCUGCUAGCGCCGGCGCCGGCGACUGUACGGCAGUUGCUUAAAGCUGGCGCCGACCCUCGACGACGUGACGCCGACGGCGAGAAUGCCCUGUUCUUUGCCGUACGAGUGGCGGCGGCAGCGGCAGCCGCGGCGCGUGAGAACGAUGACCCUGACGUCGUACGGGCCGUACAAUCACAACCCAGCGGCGUCAGCCGCGCCAAUAGCAUCGGCCACGGCGAUGCGGCGGCAGCGGAGGCCGCCGCCGCGGAAUGCAUUGACGUGCUGUUGGCGACGGAGCAUGUGGCGGAGCUGCUGGCGGUGCGUAACGACAAGGGCCUUACGCCUGCCGUGGUCGCGGUGCUGGCAGGCCUGCCUGCCGUGCUUUCGAAGCUGUGUGCCGCUGGGGCUGACCCAUGGGCCUCUCCUGUCCCGGCGGCGCCAGGUGCGCCGGACGUGCCCCGGGAGCUGCUGCCGUCAGCGGCGGUGACUGGCAGCGGAAAGCGGCCGGCGGCGGCGGCCGGGCUGUGGUACGUGGGUCACGAGGCGGCUCGGAUGGGUGCGCUCUCGGCAUUAGCCGUACUCCUGGGAGGGCCGUCGUCAGCGGUUGGGCGUAAGGCCCCGCUCGCUGCUGUUAGCGCCGAGCAGGCGGCGGCGCGGCGGCGUGACGCACUGAUUGGUGCGAUUCGCGGCGGCCGUGUCGGCGCCGCCAAGCUGGCCCUCGACGCUGACGGCCUUGGGGGCAGCCUGUACGAGGGCGAGCUGGCGGCGGCUCUUGCAUUGUGCAAGGCAAGCGCCGCCGCGCCGCCGCUGCCGCCGCCGCCUGGCGCCGCCAGCAUUGUCGCCGCCGCCACCGCGGCCUCCGGCGCCGACCCUCCUCGGUACGACACGUUGGCCGCCUUCCUGUCCUCCCGCGCCCACGUGUACAUGAGCUGGGAGGGGGAAGUGCUGCCGGCCGUCCGCGCGUCAAAUGUCGGCGUCGUACGGCGGUGGAUCACGUACGACAAGAUCAGCGCUGCGGAUGCCACGCGCGCGCUGUGCGCGCUGGUGGAGGCGGCACAGCAGUGCAAUAUCAGCGGCUCUACCGUAGAUGCGGCUGCUGCCGCUGCCGCUGCGGCGGCGGCGGCGGCGACGGCGCCUGGCGUCGAUGCCGCUGACGGUGUGUUGUCGCGGCUUUCCAGUGUGGCCGCCGCCACGCGGCUGACCUCCCCCGGGAAGGCGGCGGCGGACGUGGCGGCGGAGCUGGUCAAGGCGGGUGCCGACGUGAACUUCCAGCGGGAGCCCUCAGCCGGGGGGGAGUCCUUACUGAUGCAGGUGUCCCUCAAGGGCCACCUGCCCCUCCUGGAGCUGCUGCUGUCACUGGGAGCACGUGUAGAUGCAGAAGAUGCCGCUGGGCUGACGGCGGUCGAUCAUGCCGUACUGGCCCGUGCCCGCCUGGCGGACAACGGCUGCUUGUCGGCGCUGCUGGCGGCGUACGGCGCUCGCCGCCUGAACGCCCACCGCACCCACGCCGGUGACUCGGCGCUGAUGCUCGCGGUGCGGGCAGGCGACACGGCGGCCGCGCAGCUGCUGCUGUCCGCGGGCGCCACGCCUGCGGCUGCGGACGCCAGCGCGCCGCCGCGUACGGGCAGUACGACCGCCGCGGCCGCCGCAGGCGGCAUCUCCACAGCCGUCGGCGCUGCCAGCCGCACCCGGAGCAGCCAGUACUACUGCGACGGCGGCGAAGCCGCCGCCGCCGCCGCCGCCGCCGCAGGCGGCGGCGGCGGCGACGCUGCGUCCACCUCCUCCGCUCCCAUCUCCUCCGCGCCUUCCGGCUCCCAGCUGGUACCCAGCGGCCCCAGGACGUUGGUCACACUGGCUAGCGGUGUGAAGGCUAGCGGUCUGGGUCGCCGAGGCAGCGCCGUGUACUUGGCUGCUCGUAUGGACGACAAGGCCAUGUUGCAGCAGCUGCUGCGGAUGGCGAGUGCGGACGAGAGCGCCAUGGAGAGCUGCCGUCUGGAGGUGCAGCUGGGGGCGCUGCACGGGGCCAGGUUGGCGCUGCUGGAGGCCUCUCUGGGCCUUCCGGAGCUGCUCAGGACGGUACCGGGACCGGCGGAAGGCGGGGGAGCGGGGGCGCUGGGCGGCGCAGCGGCGGUGUGCGCGCGGCUGUCAGAGCAGGCGGCAAUGCGGCUGGCGGAGGUGCAGGGCCUGCUUAGGGAGCUGGAGGCGGCGGAGGCGGAGGCAGCUGACGCGCCCCCGGCGGCGGCGGCGGCAGUAGCGCCAGGCCCAUCUGGGCCGUCGGCAGCGACCGCAUCUGGGGGUCCCUCCCCGCUGCUGGCGAGUGGCCACGUGGCGCGGCUCCGUCGCUACCUGACCGCCAAGUGCGGCGUGUUGGAGGGCGUUCGGGGUGCCCAGAGCCGUAUGGGGGAGUUCUACGGGCUGGCCAGGAUGCAUUUGGAGUCGCUGGAGGGGGCGAUGGAGGCCAAGAAGGAGCUGGUAUCUGCCACAAUUCGCGACGGCAGUGACGCCCAGGUAAAGCUCAUGGCCGCCACCACCCGCCUCACCGCGUCCAGGGAAAGCGUGCUGCGGAGUGUGCUAGCACGGAGGGACGCACAGCUGGGGCGGGUGGAGGCGCUGCUGGAUAAGAAGCUGGCGGGGCUGACGGCGGCGCAGAAGAGGGCGGAGGCCAAGGCCACCUCUGAAGUUGAGGGCAUCAUUAUGGACAUGCGCAAGCUGGUGGGCAGGCGGCUGAAGGAGAUUGAGGCCAAGAAGGCGGAGGGGCUCGGCAGGCUGGGGGCGCUGGAGCGCAAGCUCGACACUGUUUGGGGCCGCCGUCAGCGGCUGCUCGCUGGUCGGCCCCCCGCGGCCCGUGUGGCUCUCAACCAGCGCAUGGGGGCUCUGAUGCAGCAGCUGGGCAGUCGGAGGGAGGCGCUGAACGAGGCCGUGGCGGCGGCAGUCGCCCGGAUGGAGGGCGGCCAGCGGCGGGGCACCGCGCUGGUGAACCUGGAGGGCAUGAGGGAGGCGCUGGGCAGAAGGCCCCCAAACGACCCCGACGGCGGCGGGUUGGGUCCAGGGGUGGCGCUGGGUGGACAGCCCAGUGCCAAGACCGCUGUGGCGGAGAGGGCGGAAGACUUGCUCCGGAACGACAAACACGACCAGCUGCUGAGGAUAGUGGGUCACAUGACGGCGGAGGUGACCCGCGGGUCGGCCAGUACGGCAGCCAGUUCAGCCAAGACGCUGGCGGCACUGCAGCAGGCCUUCGCGGUGGCCGUGGCUGACCUGGAGAGGCGGGUGGCUCUGGCGCGGAGCAGGAUGCAGGAGCACCUGAGCUCGCUGGUGGGCACCCACUCAGAUUUGGUCAAGGCGCUGGUGGCGGCAGAUGAACCGGCCGCGGGAGGUGCCGUACAACCGCCCGGGGCACCCAGCCAGGAGGUGAAGGCGGCGUGGGAGGACACCAGCUCGUCCCCCCCGCCAACCCCCCCUCCGGAUGUGGCCACGAUGCUGCUGGGCUUCGAGGGGGCCUCCGCACUGGAGGGGGUGGAGGGGGUGCCCCGGCCGGGGUCGGGCACUGCCAGAGGCCAGGAGGCAGGAGGAGGCACGGAUGGUUCGGCAGCGGAUGGGGACGGACUGAGUGUAUUGCGGCGGGUGGGGACCGUGGAGGACAUGAUCGAGGAUAUGAUUGCGGAUAUGGCGGCGCAUGUGCUCCGCGCGUUCCCGCACGACGGCAUCUGCGACACGCUCGCCCCCUCAGACCUGACCGCCCUCUUAGAGCCUGAUUUGGACAUUAGCACCGCCGGUCUGGGCCUGGAACGUCUGCGGCAGGACAUUGCCGCCAUUGACUUCGGGUUGCCUAAUUUGGAUCUUGAGAUCGGUGACCUGGACCUCUCAGCGCUGGACGACGACGUGGGCGGCGCCGGCGGCAUGCGUGCGUUUGGCGUUGGGGGUGGCGUCGGCGGCAUGGGCAUGGGCGGGUACGACAUGUACGAUGAGGAGGACAUGGACAACGGAGGUGGCGGCGGCGGAGCCGGCGCCGCUGUCGUGCCGCCACCCGGGCGGUACGGCGCCGGCGGCGGAGAUGGCGGUGGCGGCCCCGGCGGGUACAAUCGCCACGGCCGGGGACGUAACAGUGAAGAUGACGGUGAUACGGAUCCGGGCGGCCGGGGCAGGUACCAUGCUGCCGAUUACGGGGACCGGCACGAGGAUGAUUUUGCGCUGAGCUACUCUUAG